CUCGUUCUGCCCUGAAAUUAUUCAAUUGUUCUACUCCAAUCUUCAAUCCCCUGGACUGUCAUCUCGUUCCUUUCACUCUCUGGUCUUUGGCCAUGCCUUCGCUAUUCAUAUUGAUGAUCUCAGCAUGCUCUUGCAUAUUCCUGUUCAUGGGGCUACUUUAGCCGAUGAGUCCGAAUUUCCCCUGUUUGCUUUCAACAUUGCUGAGGAAUUUCUUGCUACUACUGGCCAUCCUCCAGAACUAAAUAACACUUUACCUAUCACUGUCCUUCCCCCACCCCUUCGUCUCCUCCACUAUUACAUUGUUCGAGUCUUUCUUCCCAGAGAUCACUUUGUUACGACUAUUCUCCCUCUCGAUCUUUGGAUCAUCUCGAAUGCUGUCCAUGGUACCCCUCUGAAUUACUUUCACUUAUUUUUUGGGUCCCUACUGCGAUUUACUGAACCUGUCCUAGGUGAAGCUCUGCCUUUCGGUCCCCUUGUGUCGACCAUUCUCGUUCACCUUGAGAUAAACCUGUCAUCCUAUAUCACUUUCAAUCCUGUGUUCUCCCCUGUGGCUGCGGAUAUUCUUGAAACUCUGGAGAUUGCGAUUGAAGGGGAGGAACCUCUUGACGACAACAGUGGAGACGAGGACACUGUCAAGGAAGAAGUCGACAGCAGCACUAGUGUUAGUUCCAGUGAGAGCAGUGACACCAACAACAACACUAGUGAUGAUGUUUAACUUAGUUUGGUUGUUUAGCUAGUCUUAUGGUUGUCGGCUUUAAUUUUGUGAUAGACUAUGAUUGCUUCGGUUUAUUAUGAUUGCUUCGGUUAAAGCUGUGUCGGCCUUGUUCUUUAUGAUAAACUCUAUUUUCCUCUAUGUGGAUUAAUUGUGCUUCUUAAAGAGAUGUGGUUGCUGAAAUAACUAUUUCAUUUGUUAAAAACUAACUCCUUGAGAAGAGGAAAGGUAGUGUCGUCUUCUUUUGUUUCAGGCAAUAGACAAUCUCUGAUUUA